UCUCUCUCUCUCACGAAUUGGCUGGUAAGACUACUUCGCGAGCGCGCCUCGCGUUUGUCAAACUCGUGACAAACGGUCAGGUGUUGUGAGACGACAAUUCUCUUUCGGUGGAAAAUCUGUCAGUGAAAUAUCUUCAAUCAUGGACGACACCAUAAAAAAUUUUGCUGUGCACACGGAUACUUAUUGCAACCCAAGUUAUGUGCCCUCUGCUAUUGAACUCGUAGAAAAUUUGAAUGCAGUUGGUACUGCAUUGCUAAGUGUCGGAUCAAUAAUUUUGGUUCUUACAAUUUAUUUAUCUGCCGAUGCUUGUCACAAUGUCCUUUCCCAAAAAGAUUCGGCAUUUUAUAAAACAAACGCCAUUAUGAUUCUAUCAGUGUAUCCCAUCAUAAGUUUCUGCAGUCUCAUAGCAAUUGCAAUACCAAGGGGCCAGUUACUAUCGGAGGCGAUCAUUCAGAUUUUUCUAAUGAUUUCGCUAUAUCGGCUCUAUCUUCUUCUGGUGGACGUUGGUCGUCGAAAGAUCAGCGAGACGCCAACGUUGAUGUUAAAAGUUGGACCGUGUUGCUGCUGGCCCUGUCUGCCCUUUCCGAACCUUCAAAUGACCGACGCCAAUUUGUCUUGGAUAGGAAUUCUAGCCCUACAGCUUCCUAUCGUCCAGGGUCUUCUCUAUUUCAUACUGCUUUACAUGGCAGCCGAGGAUUCAAUGCUCACUAUACAAUACAGUGUAUUCUUCCAGCCAUUCAUGAUAAUCAGUAUACUCCUAGGGAUAUAUAGUCUAACUAUUACUACAAAGACUUUGCAUGCAGUAAUUCCAGAGGCCAAGCUACAUUACAAGACAUUGGUGUUGCAAUUAGUACUAUUGUUCUCUAAAUUACAAACCGGUAUUAUCAUGAGAGCACUACCUGCCGCAGGAGUAUUUCCAUGCAAUCCUCCCCUCACACCGGCAAUUUAUGCAAAUGUGACAAGCAACGCGCUGGUACUAAUCGAGAUGAUGCUGCUCUGCUACGCAGCCCGGCACGUAUAUUACGUCGAUCUAGAGAAAAAUCAAGAAACGGACUCGAUAGAUAGGACGCCGAAAAUGUCAACUCAGGUAGACACGCCGAGUAACAACGACGGUAACAAACAGCCCUCAGCGACAGUGAUGACCGCGUAACAUUCGAGUUGACGAGUCAUCGGAGAUAUUUGUUUCGAAAGACUCUCUCGUCCACGAGAAAUUUUCGUAUUUCCCGAAGGCAUUCAUACUUCCCUGACGCACGUAGCGAAAAAUAUAAGAAAUAGAAAACUCGAGAGGUAGAAAACUCGUCGAAUAAAAGAAAUGCAAAGUUCCAAGUUGUUACUAUAGAAAACUCACUGGAUCAAUACUCGUACUAGAGAUAGAAUGAUCUGCACAUCUUAGCAAUUUGAGACUGAUUUUUUCUAAACAAUUAGAAGAGGCACUUUUCAUUUUUCAUUUUUCAUUUUUCUUAAUUUCCUUCACAUGCUAACAAUUAUUUUUAUAAUAUAAUUAUUUUUAAAAUUAAGGACAUUAGAUAAUGUAAAAUAAAAUCAUGAAGAAUACAGAUCUAGAUUCCUGU